CGGUUCCGUCAGUCUUCGAUCUACGGGCAAGUCAGUCGCCUGCUCUGGACUCUUCUGGCCCUCCUAGUCCAACGAAGCCGACGACGAGUCCAUCCAGCCACCAUUAUGCGUGACCAGAGCCAGGAGCCCUGCUGUCUGCCGCUGAAGGAGGAGUUCCAGCGCUCCAAGUUCUCGUUGCACCACGAUGAUCCUGGCGCCUUCUGUCGAUCGCAAUGGCAGAAGGGGGAUCGCAGCGUGAUCUGGCUGCUCUACCGAUGGAUCCUGGCCGGUUUCUUCGCCGGCGGCGUCAUCGGCAGCAUGGUGGAGGCCUUCAACGGUGGUCGGUGGUUCAUCUACCUCACGGAUUGGGGAUUCUCCCUGUGCUUCUUUUGCUGCACCUAUGGCGCCGUAAUCGCCACCAUUUACUUCAUAAAGCCCUCGUAUUUUGCUCCUGGCAGCCGGACUUUGAAGAUGUACUGGAUUUCCCACUACACAACUGUGGUGCUGGCUAUGCUGAUCACAUUGGUCUUCUGGGCUGCUCUCUAUCCAUCUAUGCCGGAAAUGGGAGCAGAGCUGUACAACCUGUGGGCGCACGCAUUCAACUCGGUUUGCAUGAUCUUUGACUGCUUCAUGGUCGCAUUUCCCACCCGCAUCAUGCACUUCGUAUAUCCCCUAAUCGCUGGCUUAACCUAUGGUCUAUUCUCAUUGAUUUACUUCUGGUCGGGUGGUGUGGAUCCAAUGGGAAAUCGUUUCAUCUACUUCAUCUUGGAUUGGGAGCAACCUGGCCUGGCCAUCGGAUCCAUUUGUGGCUGUGUGGUUCUGGCCUUUUGCUUCUGUGUGUUGAUCUUCGGAUUGUACAGAUUGCGUAUCUCAAUGCACGAGUGCUGUUGCAAAGAACCUGAGGAAAUUCCAGCUACCACUGCUCCUCCCAAGGAGCCACGUCAAACUGUUUGAUCAAAAUUCCUUAGUUUUUCAAGGGAUUCCAAAAAAAGUAGAUAGUGGAUUGCAUAUAUGCUUGGAAGCUUCAGACAGCCCAUAGCACCGAUAUAACCACCUAAUCCAGACAAGUUAUGUUUUUUUUGCAAUAAGUUAACUAAUUACGAGACACGAGCUAUAUAUUAUUAAAGCUAUUAUUGUUUAACUCCCUAUUAAAAAUGUUUUACAAUUCACAUUGAAAUUGAAUAGACAAUUUUUAAUAUUUAAACAAACACUUUAAAUAUAAUACUUUAUUGUACCCUCCAUAAUUAGAGAAAUUAGGCUACAGCAAUUGGUAGAAUCCCUUUAUUGGGUGCUUAUCAAGAAACUCCUUAAUUAAUUUCAAUAUAUCAAUAUUACGUAUGUAUCGGCAUAAUAUUGUAUACCUGAAAGUGCUAUUGUACCCUAAUACAUGCCGGUAAUAAUAGCGAUAGUGAAACUUUAGUAAAAUUUUCAUAUCUGUGACUGAUUUGAUAGACAGUGCUAUAAUGUCUACACAAGUAUGAGUAUUAAACUUAUAUUCUCUAUCUUAAAAAUAAUUGCUGAUAGGGUUUUUUGCGAAUCGCGACUGCGGACAGAUCAAGUCUAUCGCGCACUCCGUUUAAGAAUUCCUAAGAAUACUUACCAAAAAGUUAUACUACAAUAAGUUAAAUAUAGUUAAAAUCAGCCGAUA